CACUGCACACCAAUAAAAGAGGAGCAUAAUUCAACAUUCAACAAAACAUCUGAAACAAAUCAGAGGCAGUCAAAGAAGCACAAGAUGGCCCAGCUGGACAAUGAUCUUUUCUCUGAGCAGGAGUUGACCUGCUCCAUCUGCCUGGAUCUCUUCAGUAAGCCUGUUUCCACGCCAUGCGGACACAACUUCUGCCAGGGCUGCAUCGGGGGCUACUGGGCCUCCAGCUCCGUCUGCACCUGCCCACUGUGCAAACGGGUGUUUGAGGAGCGUCCUGAGCUCAGCAUAAACCGUGUGUUUGCACAUAUCGCCCAGAAAUAUAAAGAGAUGCACUAUGAUGGGCCUCCUCAACCGAAGCCAAGGCAAAAAGCGGUUAAUACCGGAGCUUCGCUAGCUGAUGCAGAGCAGAUUUUAUGUGACGUCUGCAGUGGCAAGAAAAAGAAAGCUGUCAGCUCCUGUCUGACGUGCACUGCGUCAUACUGUGAGAUUCACGUACUGCCACAUCAGCAGACGUUGUUCUACGCCUCCCAUCAACUGCUGGAUCCUCAUGAGGCCCUGCGAGGCCGAACCUGCCAGGAGCACCACCGGCUGAUGGAGGUUUACUGUCGCACGGAUCAAAAGUGUAUUUGUGCGAUCUGUGUGCUGGAGGAACACCGCACACACACCACAGUCUCAGUGCAGACAGAACGCGCUAGCAAGCAGAGACUCCUGGGAAAAACCGAACUGGACCUUCAGACAUGUAUUGACAAAAGAAAUGCCCAGCUGACUGAGCUGAAGAGCAAACUACACGCCUUGCAGAGCUACGCUCAGGCUGAACUGUCCGAGGUGGAGCAGCUCCUGUCUGACGUCACACACUCGGUAGAUCGCAUCCGCAGCGAGCUGGUGGGUGGGAUUGAGGAGAAGAGAGAGGCUGUGAUUGGACGAGGACAAAGCAUCAUCACCCAGCUUGAGACAAAGUUAGCGCAGCUGCAAGAGCGCAGAGGUCGACUAGAGGCACAGGCUAUUUCAGACGACCAUAUCGGCUUCCUUCAGAGUUUUGAGGAAGCCAACAGUCCCUUGCAGAACUCAGAUAUGGACAUGCAUGAGGUGGAUGAGCUGACCCUACGCUUCUCAUUUGGGGACGUCAAAGCAGCUUUAGGAGAGAUCCGGGAAAGACUGGAUGACAUACGCUGUGGGGAAGUGCAUUACCGGCACUCUGUGUCGACAUUAGCAGAGAGUGAGAGUAUGAUGAGUGUUCGAUCAAUGAGGAGGAAGGAGUGGUCACUGAAAGAUCUACGGAAAUUAAAAAUAGACAUUACGAUCGUUGAUGGAGACGGAGAUGCACAUGGAGGCAGACGGUCUGAUUAG